UUGCUUUUUCUCACCUAGACAUAACCCCAUUAGGAUUCCCUCUUCAAACUGGGAAAGACUCUCAAACAGCUUAGAAUCCAUGGAGUUUCGAUCAAAUCGCGGUCUCAUUGGUACAAUUCCAACCUCUAUUGGCUGCCUGAAAGAGCUCCAAUCACUAGUGCUACUAGAAAAUGGAUUAAGAGGAGAGUUGCCUAUAGAACUGGGCAGCUUGGUGAAUUUGAGGCAACUUGUACUUGCUGGGAACCAGUUCACUGGUCAGAUUCCACCAAGUUUAGGAGGGUUAACUGAGCUACUAAUAAUGGACUUAAGCAGAAACAAUCUAUCAGGGUCAUUGUCGUUGGCUUUUUGGGGUAAUUUCACUUCACUCCUAAAACUGGACUUAAGCUGCAAUAAGUUACAGGGAAAGCUACCUAAAGAAAUUGGAAGCCUAAAGAAUGUCAGUCUAUUGGACUUUGGCAGAAACAAUUUUUCAGGUGGAUUGGUUCAGUCAUUUCAAGAAAUGGUUUCCUUAAAAGAAAUGGUGCUAUCAGACAACCCUCUCGGGGGUAACCUCAUGGGAGUUCAAUGGGGAAACUUGCAGACUUUGGAAAUUUUGGAUCUUUCCAAUGUGGGUUUGACAGGUAUAAUACCAGGGUCGAUGACAGAAAUGAAAAGGUUAAGAUAUUUGGGACUUAAUGAUAACAAUCUGUCAGGAAAUCUGUGUCCAAAGCUUGAAACUCUACCCAGCCUUGGUGCUCUUUACAUUAAUGGAAACAAUCUGACAGGGAAGCUUGAGUUCUCAGAAGGGUUUUAUAAGAAAAUGGGGAGACGGUUCAGAGCUUGGAACAAUUCAAAGCUUUGCUAUCAGGCUGAAAUGAUCUCAUUAUCAAGCCAUGUUCCUAAUGGGGUUCAAGCUUUUAAUGGAGAUAAUGGCUGGAUUGUACCGAAGCAUGACAAUCAAAUGUACAACAACUGGGCAUCCAGUAACAGGUUCAAGGUUAAUGACACUAUCCAUUUUAAGUAUAAGAAAGACUCGGUGUUGGUGGUGACACAAGAGGAGUAUGACAAGUGCCAGCCCUCUGAUCAUCCUCAGUUCUUCUCUAACAAUGGUGACACAGUCUACAAGUUGGACCGACCUAGUUUGUUCUAUUUCAUCAGUGGGGUAACCGGGCACUGCCAGAAAGGGCAGAAGAUGAUCAUCAAGGUGUUGGAGCCAGCAACUCCACCGGAACAGUCCCAGAACAUGAACAGCACGACCAAUACACCGGAGAAUAAGAACAAUGGUGCAGUUGGGGUUGCUGCUGUUACUUCUUCAACCCUUGUGCUACUGCUGACAUCAGCUUUUGCUAGCUUUUUAAUGUAAUUCUCUUUUGCAUUUGCCAGUCUACAUUUAUU